AAGUGGUUGAGCUUGUCGCAGUGAGGAACAAACACAGCAAAGAUGACCGGCACACCACUGUGUUAUUUUGUUUUAGCUGCGAUUAUUUCGAUCGCUUCAGCGCAGUAUGUUCCACCGUACACUGAAGAAUGUCGGAGUGGCAUGUAUCCGCCGCAAGGGCCAACGUUUAAAGGUGCUGUCACCUGGUACACUGUUGACCUAGAUUUGCCACCAAGCCAAAGAUGGACAGCACUCAUCACUGACAAAAAGACUGAGCUGGCUGAAAUGGUCCAGACCAUUAAAGAUCUUGCAGACGCGUUUGUUCCCAGUGGAAAACUCAUUGAUCUGGUGGAUAAGGCUCUGCCCUUAAUGGUUGAUACACUCCCGCACCCUUUCAACGAGGAAAUCAAAGGAAUAGCCACUGCAUCAGGUGUUCCUUUAGGGGAGGUCGUGCUUUUCAACAUAUUCUAUGAGGUCUUCACUGUUUGCACUUCACUGGUAGCAGAAGACUCUACAGGAAAUCUUAUCCAUGCAAGGAACCUGGACUUUGGACUCUUCCUGGGCUGGGACAUGAAGAACAAGUCCUGGGUGAUCUCUGAGAAACUGAAACCUCUGGUGGUGAAUAUUGAGUUUGUAAGGAACAACCACACCGUCUUCAAGUCCACCAACUUUGCCGGAUACGUGGGCAUGCUGACCGGAAUUCGGCCGCACGCGUUCACCCUCACCAUGAACGAGCGAUUCAGUCUGGAUGGAGGAUACAUCGGAAUCGUGGAAUGGAUCCUGGGAAAGAGAGACGGCAUGUGGAUGAGCUUCCUCACCCGCUCCGUCCUGGAAAACGCCACCAGUUACGACGAGGCGAAGAAGCUGCUGUCUCAGACCAAGCUGCUGGCACCGGCCUACUUCAUCCUGGGCGGGAACCAGAGCGGACAGGGCUGUGUCAUCACCCGCUCCAGAGUCCUCAGCCUCGACAUCUGGGAGAUUGACGUGAAACAGGGCAGGUGGUACGUGUUGGAGACGAACUAUGACCACUGGAAGGAACCUCUGUUCCUGGAUGAUCGCAGGACCCCAGCGAUGAAAUGCAUGAACCAGACCACACAGAACAACAUCUCCAUUAAGACAGUGUACGACAUCCUCUCCACAAAGCCGGUCCUGAACAAGCUGACCACCUACACCACAUUAAUGGAGGUGUCCAAAGGAAAGCUUGAGUCCUACAUCCGGGACUGCCCCAACCCCUGCAUGCCCUGGUGAUGCCCGGGCCCCCGCCUGACCGCCGCGUUUCCGGAAUCUUCCUUCGGGCACUGAAGAGUGGGGCCGAGGGGUUGGAUGUGGUUCAUUGAGACCGGGAAUGCUUUAAGACCGUCUUUAUCGAUAUGGACCCGCUCAAUCACUGACUUAACACACACAUACUGCCGCUUACGGCCGACAGGCCUUGGAAGAAAUGAUGCUUAACACACACAGAGACUGACAGGGCUUUUAAAUGCCACACAGGCUUGAAUUUUAAUGAAUGGUUGUGGGAACAUUUUUCCUAACUUUUAACACUGUUGACCUUUAAUACUAAAGGUUUUGAUAUGAUUCUGUUUUUAGGCAGAUGUUGGCGUUUGAAGGUGAUUUGAUGUUGUGUGUGACUGUAUCGUACCAUACAGAGCUAAGUGUUGUGUAUAUAUGUCCAUGUGUUGGGUUUGGACCCUUAGACGGUGCAGGCUCUUACUGUUUCAUGUCUUGUUAAAUUUCGCUAAUCAUCUGAAAAACGGCCCUUCGUGUUUAAAGCAUUAAACUGCUGUGGAAUGAAUCAA